AACUCACGUUUACAAGCUUCCCUCAAACCAAGAUGUCGGCGCCCAUGGAAGUAAUUGUGUGUGCCGAUUCGGCCGAACAGUUAUGGAACUGUGCUGUUUUCGAGCUCCAUUCUGGCACGAAUCUGUUGUCUUAUCGAGGGGGAAAUACUUCGGCGAGGUCCCUCACUGUCUUGAAUGGAGAAUAUAUCCUUGGAGGCCAGCUUGGGAAGAACUUCAUCAACGUGUGGGAGAUUCAAAGAAAGGACCAGCUGCAGCAGAAAAUCGUGUGCCCUGGGAUAGUGACCUGCCUGGCUGCUUCACCCAAUGGCCUGUUCCUGCUGGCUGGGAUCGCUGAGGCUGUUUAUGUAUGGGAGGUCUCCACUGGGAACUUGCUGGCCAUUUUAAGUCGGCACUACCAGGACCUUACCUGCCUGCGGUUCACAGACGACAGCAGCCACUUCAUCUCGGGGGGCAAAGACAACCUGGCUCUUGUCUGGAAUCUUACCAGUGUGGUGCAGCUGGACUCGUCUCGCAUCCCAGAACCUCGCCACAUCUGGAGCCAGCACUCUCUCCCCAUCACGGACAUUCACUGUGGCCUGAUGGGUCCCCAGGCUCGGGUAGCCACGGCGUCCCUGGACCAGACUGUCAAGCUGUGGGAGAUCUCCUCAGGCGAGAUGCUGUUGUCCGUCCUCUUUGAUGUCAGCAUCAUGUCUGUGACCCUUGACCCCUGCGAGUACUCCCUGUUCUGUGGCGGCAACGACGGCAGCAUCUUCCAGGUUUCCCUGUGCAGCACGAAUGUGAGCCGGGAUAAGACGUUCCAGUCGGACAGCGAGGGGAAUCAGGUUUUCAAAGGACACAGAACUCUGGUGACCUGCCUGUCCGUGUCUAUGGACGGUACGCUCCUGCUGUCUGGGUCCCACGAUGAGACCGUCCGGCUGUGGGACAUCCAGAGCAGGCAGAGCAUCAGGAGCAUCAGUCACAAAGGCCCAGUGACCAACGCCUUCAUCAUCCCAGCUCCGGCCAACAUGCUCCUGCCGGACAGCCACCCUGCGGUGCCCCUGCCCCGGUUCAGCCGCCACCUCAACCCGUCCGAGCAGGGCGAGGGCCCGGAGACGGGGGGCGUGUGCCUGCGCCUGGGACCCAGCGUGCAGGCAACUGAGGAGGCCUACCUGAAGAAAGCAGAGAAGCUCUACUCCCUCAUGUGCGCCGUCACAGACAAGAGCGUGUUCGGAGACGGGGAGAACACCAAGGUGCGCGUGUCAGAGCUGGAGGAGGAGGUGAAGACCCUGAAGAAGAUCAACAAGGACCUGUACGACUUCUCCACACAGCUCCUGACCAAGCCUAGUUAAAACUGCCCUGGUGACUUCUGCAGGCAGAGGGGAGAUGCGGUGCUUCUCUGGGUGGGUGGGGGGGGGUGGGCGGGGGGUGGCUAAGGGUAGGGGGGUGGCAGUAUUAAGGAGAUGUUUGUCAUUUGCGUCAUGUUUUGUACUGGGGGAGAAAGCGGUACGCUUGAGGUCACGCUGAUCCUGACAGGCUCCGACGCCAUCGGUUUGGCGUGAUGGUGGUUUUCAUGCGUGCAGAUCAUAUUUACACAGACGGGAACGGGAGAGAGCGGAGAGCAGAGGUUUCGCUUUAGCGCUACGGGGGGCCGCGCGGCGUGACGGGGCCCGAUUGGGGAAUCGGUGUCACCGUCAUGUCGAGUGAACAGGAGCCCUCGCUCGGGUCUCUAGUGCCCCACGCCCUCGCCUCCGCUCCCCUCCCCGGCUCCAAGAGCUCACCGCUCGCUCCGGCUCUCCGUCGAACUCGAUCAGAAAGAGAGGCAGCAUCGCGGUCUGACACCUGCCUGCUACGUAACUCAACAAGCCCUUCGGCCUCCUAAAGGCUUCAUUUUUAAUGGUCCAUCCCAUCUGUUCCCCCCCCCCCCCCCAAUCGACAACGACACUCUUUCAAUGCGGGGCGUGGAACCGACCAAUCACUGGAAUGGAUUAUCCGUCACGUUGCGUGCAGGUGUGAUUUGCAUAGGGAUGAUUUGUGCUUUAAUUUCCGACAAGUGACGGUGCAUCUGUUACUGUCGUGGUUAGUAUUUCCUCUGUGCUGCCUUGCAGAUGUGACUGCUCCAGCAUAGGCAAUUCCAGCUUGGUUCCCUCGUGCGCUCUGACAAUUUCUUUAAAAGUAGAGCUUUGAGAAACCGACACACAUUUACAUGUACAUAUGUUCGCCUUUGAGCACGGAGUGUGGAGCCAUUUAAUUCAGCUUGAGAAUGCGUUUUUUGAACAGGGAUAAGUUGUCUUCAGCCGGGGGCUCUGUACCACUGGUUGAUAGGCUGAUUUGAGAAUCUUCUGGAGGAAUAAAUCCACUCUGGUGAAGGGCAGCGGGGGGGAGGAGUUUGAUGGAGGUUUUGAAACCGCUCUCCAUUGGUUUACAAAGAUGGGCAAUCUUGAGACGGAGAAACAGCUGCUGGGUUUAAUCUGAUUAUCUCAUUUGCGUUCUUCGAUGGGGAUCCGAGGCGGCGAGCGUCUGCUUGUUGAGAAAAAGCUGAGACUGAUGAUGGCAGCUUCCUCUGAGCGCCAGCGAGGAGGAGCCAGGCGCACUCCGCAGUAUCUGCCCACGCUGACCCAGGAGCUAAAUGACUUGGACACACCAGCGUUGACCUCAAUUAACCCACUCCUGGCAGAUAGGCCUGCUGAGAUUGGUGUUGGGAGCCGGAUGAUUUGAGGGUAAUCUGAGAAGUUCAGGGGUAGAAUGAGGGACAGUAGUUCUAGAGCGCUUGGUUUCUUGUCUUUGAAGGAACAAUUAGUCUGUUGUUUUUUUAUGAAUUAUGAUGUGCUGGAUGAAAUAAAUUGUCUUUUUUUCCACA